AUGCUCGGGACAGGUCGACGGCGGAUGCUGGUGGUGCUGGGUUGGCUGCUUUUACUUGUGAGGCGGAGUGGUGCAGGCUCAAGAUGCGUGGACCAGGCCUGUAGUCCGGCCAUAGGGAACCUGGCGAGCGGCAGGAUGCUCCUCACCCUGUCUGACUGCUGUCAGAACGGCAGCCUGCACCAGCGAUCAUGCCCUGAUCCUCAUGGGAACCCCCACGCCUGCCGAGAGGACACUCACCCACCCGCUCUGAUGACCGAUGACCCCUUCUUGCAUCCGGACACCUGGUGGGAAUCGAGAGUGAGCGCCAGCACGACGGAGCCGCGGGACGAGAUACGUCUGGACCUGGAGACGGAGUUCUACCUGUCCCACGUGGUUUUGGUGUUCCGGUCACCCCGGCCCGCCGCCAUGGUUGUCCAACGUUCGGCCGAUUUUGGAAAGACCUGGGAGAACCUCAAGGUCUUCGCGCUCAACUGCAGCACAGAGUUCGGUUUGCCCGACGACUACCAGGAGCCCGGGUCGGUGUGCACGUCCCGUUAUUCUAGCGCUCAUCCCUGCAGCGGCGGAGAGGUAAUACUACGCACUCUUGACCCCAGUGGUGCUGAGACAGUGGACCCCUACAGCCCAGAGGCUCUGGCCCACCUGACCCUCACAAAUCUCCGCGUCAGACUGCUUAAAGCUCAGACGUGUCCCGCGUCUUUAAACCAGCCUGUUGAAUGGACGAGCCCCACAGACUCACCUCUGACCCCAGUGUCCAGUGUAGGCAGCUCCCACUCAGCCCCAUACGCUAUCUAUUCAUUACUGGCCAGAGGGACCUGCCUGUGUCAUGGACAUGCGGAAUAUUGUGUGCCGUACAACAGCAGCCAGGACAAGGAACAGGACAGGGAUGUGGUGUUUGGGAGGUGUCUUUGUACUCACCACACGGAGGGGGAUCACUGUGAGCGGUGCGCGCCGCUCUACAACGACCGGCCCUGGAGGCCCGCCAACGGCAGCAGCGGGGAGCCCAACCCGUGUCAGAAGUGCGAGUGCCACGGCCACGCAGACAGCUGCCGCUUCUCCCAGCGGGCGUGGCUCUCCUCCAACGGCACCAGCGGGGGGGUCUGCGACCACUGCCAGCACAACACCGCCGGGCGCAGGUGCCAGCGCUGUCGCCGUGGCUACCACCGACUCCCGACCCUGCCUCUCAAGUCCCCCCAUGCCUGCACACGCUGCUGGUGUGACCCUCUGGGUUCUAUAAAUACGGCAGAUGGAGAGGACGAGCCCUGGUGCCACCCGAAGACUGGCCAGUGCCGCUGCAAAGCCGGUGUCGGGGGCACGAGCUGCAGCCGCUGUCUGCCCGGCUACUGGGGGUUCGGAGGUGGGGGGUGCAAACCCUGUGCAUGCCCACGCAGCUGUGAUAUGACCACCGGGCUCUGUCUGGACGGCUACCCAAAUAAUCAGGUGUUAAAUGUGCCCAUUGGCGGUAAAAUCCCAGACGUGGACUACAUGUUCCCUACUGAGGAAGACGUACAGUGGUCCAAGGAGCUCGCAGUCUCUGCUUUGCAUUAUACAGUUAGCGAGAGUCACAGCACAUCAAACUGUUGGUACACAGGGAAAUGCAGGUGUAAGGAGAAAAAGCUGAGGACUUUGUCUGACCUGUGCAAGACUAAGCAUGACUAUGUGAUUAAGGCGAGCGUGCUCUCUGCCCACGACAAAGGCAGCCACGCAGAAGUGCAGGUCAAAAUCCGCAAGGUGCUCCGAUCGGGCCGGGUUCCGCUGCACCUGGGCACCAUCAGCAUCUACCCUCUGUCCUGGACCAGCCGUGGCUGCACCUGUCCCAUUCUAAACCCCGGCGUGGACUACCUGCUUGCUGGCCCAGAGGAACCCACAACAGGACGUUUGUUGGUCACCAUGCAGAGCGUUGUAGUUCCAUGGACACCUCGACAAGCGCUAAUUAUAUCGGAGGGACUACGAAAUGGAUGCUGA